AUGGGGCAUUUUCAUGAGUUGUUCGACUUAUGCAAGGAUUAUAUUAGCAUAUAUAAGAGGAUUUAUAAGCUAAAUAUCUUUGAUGAUGUCGAAAUUAACAAUUUUUAUCAAGAAAUCAAAAACAAAUUAAUUGCAACUAAAAUUCAAACUCCCGAUAUUGUUCUUUCAAACGUUAAUAGUGCAAUGGAAAAUAAUAAUUGUUAUUACAAAUCUUACAAAACGAUCAUUGAUAUGAUUUGUAAUGAUUACGGUGUUAAAUUUAGUCCAUUCAUCGAUAUAAAGGAUAUUCAGACCAUGUCUGCAGACUUUAAAGCAAUUCUUAAUGCAAUUAUUAAUGAUGAUAUUGAAGCAUUAAAACCAUUCACAGAAACUGAAAAUUUCAAUGGAAAUAUUCUAAUUAAAACUAAAUUCUAUCCAUUAACAGAAAAUGAUGGAUAUACAAUACUUGAAUUAUGUUGUUAUCAUGGAUCAGUUAAUUGCUUUAAGUUAUUGAGAGCCAAAUUUGACACAGAAAUUUCAGAAACAUCCUUUAACUUUUCAUUUUUAGGAGGGAAUCCAGAAAUCAUAAAAGAAUGCUUGAAAUUUCAAGAACCCGAUGCUGGAUGUAUGGAAUAUGCAAUAAUUUCGCACAACAUUGACUUUGUUACAUAUUUGAUGAACGAGUAUGAAUUGAAGAUUGAUUUAUACAACUGUAUAGAAUUCAAUAAUCUUGAAGCAUAUUUAGUUUAUUUAGAUCAAACAAAUGAUGUUAAUUCAUGCUUUGCUUCUACACCUUUAUUUGGCAUUACAGAAUUAAAUCAGUAUUUGUUAUCUCAUGGUGCCGAUAUCAAUUCAACAGACAGUUUUGGAGUAUCAGCUCUUUAUUAUGCAGCAUUGCACAAUCGCAGUGAUUAUGUAGAAUUUCUUGUAAAUCAUGGGGCAAAUAUGAAUAUACAAGAUACCUGUGGCGUGACACCUCUUCAGUUAGCAAUAUUGGAAAGGCAUUACAAAAUCGCAACAUUUCUGAUAUUACAUGGCGCAGAUGUCAAUAUACAAAAUAUUGACGGAGACACUGCACUCCACCUUGCAGUACGGUUUAAAUUAAAAGACAUUGUAGAACUUAUUGUUUCACAUGGCGCAGAUCUAAAUAUCACAAAUGAAAAAGGAGAAACCGCUCUUCAGUCGACAUAG